UCCUGAAAAGAGAACCUUUCUCAUCCCCAUCCUGCUUCUAAUCAAGGCGCAACAAAUGUCAUCGUGGUCAGUCGAGAAGGUUGUAGUUCACCCUCUGGUUUUACUCAGCAUCGUCGAUAACUACAACCGAGUCGCUAAGGAAUCCCGCAGACGAGUUGUAGGAGUUUUACUCGGUGGCUCUUUCAAGGGCACCGUCGAUGUUAGCAAUAGCUAAGCAGGCCCCUUGCUUACAGAAGCCUUAAUACUCUUGACAAGCUUCAACAUUUUUCUCUUAGUCCUUCAGUCUGCUGCCUUUGCCUUAAAAAUGAGGAGUCCCUUGACCGUUUGUUUCUGCAUUGUGACUUUGCCAAGAAGGGUUGGAAUUUAUUGUUUGGAAUUUUUGGCUUGGAGUGUUGCCUCCCAAGCAAGAUAGAUGAUUGGUUGAUUGAUGAGCUAGAUAGUAAAGCUUUUGGUCCGUGCAUUUGGAACGAGAGGAAUAGUAUAAUUUGAAGAUAAGUUCGGUUCUUUUGAUUCAUUUAGAACUGUUGUUCAACAUACAGCUUCUUGGUGGUGUACAAACUACACCAAACACUUUUGUAGUUAUAACCUUUCGAUGAUUUUUAACAACUAGAAGGCUCUUAUUCACUAACACCUUUGGGGGGUCUUCUCAACCCCCACCCUUAGGUUGUUUUCCUUUGUUAUUUUUUGAAUACAAGUCUCCGUUUCUUAUAAAAAAAUCAAUUUUAUGCCUUAUUAACUCCUUACAUUGUGGGCUUAGAGGUUCACAACUCAUUGGAAUUCACAACUCUAUUCCUUGCCCCCAAACACCCCUAAAUGUUUACUUAAUUUAGUUUCAGACGUGUGCUGCUUUGAUAUUUUUGGUUUGAAAUUGAUCAUUGUUUUGGUUUAUGAUGGUUAGCUUUUAUUCAAUGUACAAUUGGACAUAAGUUUGGAUUCGGUUGAAAGUACUGGCAUGUUCUGCUGUGUUUUUUGGCUCUGGCAUGUUCUGCUGUGUUUUUUGACUGUGGAGCUAUAUCUCUCUGAUGAUUCUUAUGAACCUAACUAUGUAAUUUUGGCUGCAUAAUAAUGAUACAGGCAAUGUCUUCUCUUUUGGUUUAGGAAGAUCAUAGGGCUCAAGACCUUGCCUUCUUCGUGUCUGAGAAGGACUUGAAUAAUGCGGCAAGAAUAUUAUAGUAAUCUUCUACCCUUGUCAAAUUACUAAAGGGUCUGCAAUAAUCAAGAAAAGGUGGUUCUGUACCUGUUGAAUGUAGUCAGAGUGAGUUCUUGUACUUGAAACCAAUAAUUCAUAUUGUUACCUUUCAAGUCAGUUGCUAUGGAAGCUUAUUAGUAAUGCUUUGCUCAAUUUGGUAUGCCUCAGUUCUAUGCUCCGCCUUUUCCAGACUAGUUGCUCAAUCUUGAGGAACAAGCAGAAUUACCAUCUCUCAGCUGCUUUAAUUAGCGAUCACCUUUUUUUCUCCAUCUGCAUCUCACCAUAUUUUUGUACAAUAGAUGGUUUCCAAACUCAUUCACGUGGCUGCAUAUGAAGCUGAAAAUCAUUUUGAGCUCUCUUUGAGACAAGCUUUCGAGCUUCUUGAACCAAAAUUAAGACCUCCAUUUUGUUUGAAGAUCCCAAAUCCACAAGAAUACAAGGAGCUGAAUUGGGCUAUUCUUUAUGGGAUUUUAUGUGAACCACAUUUGGCUAAACCUCAUAUUAAGCAUUUGCAUGCAAUUGUCACAGAUGGUUAUGGUCUGAUUUGUUAUCUGCUUCGAAAGGUUGUUAAUGAACUGUAUCUUAAACUCGUUGAUUCCGCAAAAUGUCAAAUAUUUAUGGUGACUAAGGAAAUGAUAAAUGUAUGUGCUGUAGGGGUUGAUGCUGUUUUGAUAUCCCUGUUGAGGCAAAUUGUUGGUGGGGAUUUUGGUGAAGGGAAUUUAUGGUUGUGUUUUGAAUUGGUGAGUCUACUUUUGAACAGUUGGAGUUAUUUGUUGGAAGAAUUACCAGAGGUUAUACCAAGUGCAUUAUAUACGUUUUUACGGUUAUUGGCAGAUCACUGCAGAUUAUCUGAUGCAAAAUUGGAGCCUUUGAAGCAAUUGGAGAUUGCGUUUUGCAUUAAAGUAAUAAGGGAGCAAUUUCACUUUUGUUUGAAGAUUGGGAGAGAUUUUAUUAGACUCUUACAAGACCUAGUUUAUGUAUCUGAAUUUAGAGCUGUAUGGAAAGACUUAUUAUUAAACCCAAGCAACUUUAGGAGUCCUGGGUUUUUUGAUAUUUCAAACUUUUACUACACAAGAACUUCAAGUCGAUAUUUCUUACUUCGUAUUUCUCCAGAAAUGGAGGCCCAACUGCGAUUUUUAAUGACCAAUGUGAAACUGGGCUCUCAAAACCGCUACCAGAUGUGGUUUGCCAAGAAGUUUCUACAUGGGUCUGAGAGUGAAAUGAUCAUUUCUGACAUUGUUCGAUUUAUAUGUUGUGCACACCAUCCUCCAAAUGAAGUCAUUCAGUCUGAUAUUAUUCCAAGAUGGGCUGUUAUAGGAUGGCUUUUGACAUGUUGCAGGAAGAAUUAUAUUAAAGCCAAUGUAAAACUUGCUCUAUUUUAUGAUUGGCUUUUCUUUGAUGAUCAAACUGACAAAAUUAUGAACAUUGAGCCUGCAAUGUUGUUAAUGGUAUUUUCCAUACCUAGAUAUAAUGAUAUGGUUCACACUCUUCUUGAAUUUUUAUUCCUUCUUGUGGACAACUAUGAUGUGGAAAGGAAGGAUAAAAUAGCAUUGGGCGUCUCUUCAGCUUUUAGUGCACUUAUCAAAAAAGGAGUAAUUUCCUCAUUGGACACUUUGAUUUCUUUUGACGGCCUUUCUCCAUUACUACGAGACAGGCUUAGGGUACUUUCAUCAGGUAAGAAGUUUCAGGUUCCAAAUGAAUUGCAAUUAUUUAUACCCAAUCACUCUGUGAAUCCUCUGCCUUCUUCGAGUAAAUCCUGUGCAGGCUUUAUAUAUUCAGAAAGCCAUCCUAGCUGCAUUGUAGGCAAUGUAAAUGCUACACCUGUUGGUUCUUCUGUUCCUAUUGUGGUAGAUGUAUCUGCCCCUCAUCAUUCAGUUGUGACGGAUGUUCAGCAAUGUGACAAUAUAGAAAUUUUGGUGAAAAAUCUUGGUGCAGUUACUAGAAAAUCCUAUAAAAUGGGCCUCAAAACUCUGGAAGAACUUCUAGUUUUAUUUCUCUCGCUUAAUGACAAUGGACAAGCUGGCAGAACAAUAAACACUGAAAUUCUGUCUUCCAGAAUAGUAAAUACCUACGACUUGUGUGGGUAUAAACUAUUUUGUGCUCUUGAAUUACCUCCAAAUGGUUCCAGUUAUAAUGAUGAAAUAGAAUCUGCCACUGCCUUAAUAAUCCGUACGUUCAUCUUUUAUCAUGAGAAAAAUAUACAAGAAUUGCUUCUGUUUUGUUCUAGGAAUGGUUUGCCUGUGGGAGCGCGAUUGUUAUCUUAUGUAUCUCGUCUGGCUUAUGAAGCGAACAAAGCAGGUUUAACAGGUAACGUUGAGUUUGAGAACAUCGAUAGUGCGGAAAUUGAUUCGAAGCCGCAGUUAUUGUUGUUCCAUCUGAAUGGGUACUAUUGUUUCAGGAAUGGUAUGGGAGGAAACCCCCAAGAUACAGUUGUCUCUUUUUCUGAAAUAGACAAGGAGGUGAUUGCUAAGUUGGUAACAAAUGCCUUUUCUGCUUAUAAAUGUUUCCUUGUUUAUUCAAAAGAUAUUUUGCACAAAGAUGCAGAUGUAUCUUUAACCAAGCUCUUUUAUCUUGAUUUGAUGUCCUGUGUGGAAUGGAAUGCGAGGAGAGUGAAAUUUUUAUUCCAUUGUAUUUUUUAUCUUCUCUCAGAUCUAUGCAUAUGCAAGGAGGAGAUUGUUAAAUUACUUGUUACUCUGUUGGAUGACACUGAUCUUGUUAAUAUGCAGUUCGAGAUUAUUGCAAAGAAAUUUUGUGUGUUUGGUAAGGACACUAAAUCUAUUUUUCUUUUAGUUAAGAGCUCUUUGAAUUGGGGUUGUCUUGAACAACGUAAACUCUGGGGCUUGAUAAGGUCAGAGCUUAUAGUUUCGAAGGUUCAAGUCGAGAGCUUAGUUUUGAAACUUUUCUGCUUGGGUGUAUUAGAUGCAAGCAAGCAUGCCAUUGCCAUUGAAGGUCUUCUAAACUUGUGCUGUUAUAAUGCACCAUCACCUGAGCUUGUUGAGGCAAUCAUGUUAUUACCCAAUGAUGCAUUUCAUGGUUUCUCUGCCGCGGUCUUGGCUUCCUGGGUUGUAUCGAACGAGUCAAUGCUAUUUGAUAGCCUGGUUGAUUUUGCAGAGAAACUUGGGAAGAUGAGUGAGAGUGAGGUUGUGGUAAAUCAUUCUGCAAUCUUAUGGCUGGUGAAUCAUUUUAGGGCACAAGGACUGAGUGACUCAACAAUUUACAGCAACCUGUAUGGAAAUAUUGUGGGUGGAAAAGGAAAGUAGUGAUGGAAGUGUGGGGUUUUGUAUCAAAUGUUGUAUUGUGAAAGAAAGCUAUGGUUCUUCUAGACAACAAUAUACAUCUAUGAUUGAAGUAUUUGGGAGUAAGGGUGAGAAAAACCCCUUCCUCCACUUCACCCCCUUUUAAUCAUGGAUCUUCGAUUUCCCAUCCCUACCGUUGUACUCAAAAUCAAGGGUUGAAAACUUUACCAGAUGAAGAAUGUGAUGACAGACUUAAAAAGAUGAAGGAGAAAGGCAGAAAGUUUUAAUGGAAAAACAUGCUAGGGGAUCACUUGCAAGAUCAAAUAGGGAAGCAACCCACAAGGAAAGAAGGAUUUAGAGACGAUCCUUCUCACUCAAAUCCAUCUUCAGCAGGAAACAAUGUUAGCUGUAUUCUACGGCGAAGUUAUCGGUUGACUCGAGAAAAGUGGUUCAUCGACAUCAGGAAGGACGUUUGUCCGAGUAAUUCAGAGCUGAUGAUGCUGCUUCUGUUAACGAGGUUCUUGAUGGUACAAACUGCACAUCGCCUGCACAUUUUUGGUAAAUAACAUUGUUUCGGAGUGCUUGUAUCGGUUUCGGUUUUCCUCGUGACUGAAUUGUCAAUUGUCAAUUCAGCAUUGUCAAUUCAAGGCAAUCGAGGUCGAAGUGACUGAAGAAGACAUGGAGAAGUUUCAUAAUCUGUUUAGGUUGGUGGUUUCUUACUGGAUUCACUUUGGAUAUGAAAAUGUAGAAGCAUAGUACUUAGUUGUGGAUAUUAUCAUAUGAGUUUUAGGUGCAUCCCGAACAUCACCCAUCUUUAUGCAUCCCAUUCUCAUCACAUUCAUAGAAAAAUAAUUAAAAUAUUUCAAAAAAGGAGAAGAAUUUGUCACAUGACAAAUUGUGAUUGGACAAUUUAGUGGGAUCACAAAGAUAGGUAUUGUUUGGAAUGCACUAAAGUAUUUUUCUUAUCAUAUAGCUUGAAAUGUGAAGAAAAAUUUAUAUAUAGAUGAAAUUUAUACAAAUUUGCAGCUCCAUACCUUCAGCUGGUUAGAACUUGUACUA